AUGUAAAAAGUGAUCACUCCUGAAAUUGUGAGAACAUUCACAAAUCCAUGUGAUAAAUUUUUGUGCCAACCCUCAGAAGAAAUUAAAUUUAUUAAAUUUAUACUCAGAGAUGCUGAUGAUAAUUUUAUUUUAUUUGACUUUGAUAAUGACGAUGAAAAUUAAUAAUAAGAAGUUUUGAGUUAUCAAUUCACGCCUCAAUAUUUCGAUAUCAAGACUUUGGGAGCAACAAAAAUAUUCAAGACUUUCGAUAAGCCAUUAAAGAAUUUGCUCCUCAUUGAUAGAUUCUAUUUUAAAAAUAACCUCAUCAAAGAGUACGAAUUUCGCUUUCCUUUCUGCAUACCCCAUUCAACCAAUACUUGGGAAUCCAUGUAUGAUCAACCUGCAUUAGGAGCUAACUUAAAAGAUCAGAUGCUCCUGAAUCCAUGGGAAACCAAAAGUGAUACAUUUCUAUUUAUUGAUGGAAAAUUAGCUAAUCAUGAAAGAAUAGAGUAUGAUUUUAGUGGAGAUUAAGAAGAUUUUGAUUGA